UAUCUGUUUGUUUCUCUUCUCUUAAGAAAAAAAAAAGCAUUGACCUUGGCUAAUUAAGUAUAUCCCUCCUCCCUGGAUUACCUUGCCUUUAAAGCACUCUUUUCCCUCAUUUUCAUGCUUCUUUUACUCUCCUUCACAAUCCAACCACUCACCUCCUUUCAUCCAGACAACUCCACUAGCAUGCUUGAAUGUCCAGAGACAGGGAGAGAUUGGAUGAAAUAGGGAAGAAGAUCAAGACAGAUGCAGUUGGUGAAAUGGGGAGGAGACAUCUGUUGGGUCCGCCUGGAACCUUGAAUACCAUCACACCUUGUGCAGCAUGUAAGCUCUUGAGAAGAAGGUGUGCUGAAGAGUGUCCUUUCUCUCCUUAUUUUUCCCCACAUGAACCCCACAAAUUUGCUGCUGUUCACAAAGUUUUUGGUGCAAGCAACGUCUCCAAGAUGUUAAUGGAGGUGCCAGAGAGCCAAAGAGCCGAUGCGGCAAACAGUCUGGUUUAUGAGGCAAACUUGAGGCUAAGAGAUCCGGUAUACGGGUGCAUGGGUGCCAUCGUAACUUUGCAGCAACAAAUGCAGAAUUUGCAAGCGGAAUUGAACGCGAUAAGAGCUGAGAUACUGAAAUACAAGAUUAGAGAAGUUACUAAUAGUAACAUCCUCCCUUCUACUCAUCCUCACACUCACACUCACGCUACUUUAGUUUCUGGUGGGGCGGUUUCAGUUGCUGCUUCAUCUUCCCCUCUUCCACCUCCACCUUCUAUUGUUGUCUCAACCUCUUCCUCAUCUUCCGCAUCUUCUCUCUACACGUCGGCAACUAGUGCAACCGGCUAUAGCUCCAUUUCUAGUGAUAAUGUUCCAUUCUUCAAUUAAUUCUACAACCCCAUUGAUAAUAAUAAUAAUGUUAUUAUUAGUUAUAGAGUGGAAAGCUAAGGACAAUACUGUUUUAGUUUGAUUUCCCAUUUUUCAUAUAUCGAUGGAGAAAUACCCCGCAGAAAAAGAAAUGAAAACUUGGGAUCUUACGGCCUUGAUUGAUCCCAUCCGAAUUACACUAUCGCUAUCAGAAUCAGAUUUCAAGUUUUCAUUUCUUUUUAUGUACUUUGAACCAAUUGAGUAGUAAUUUUGUUCUAUCUUCCCUUGUAAUUUCCAUGGCUAUGAGCAAUACCUUUGGCUGAGAGACAAAUUUCUAGUAAUUAAUACAGAUUAGCAGCUUCGUCUUCCAAGCAGCCAUGUGUUGUUUAUUUCCUCUCCCGAGAUUAAAGUGCACUGAAAAUGUCAACCCAUUAAUUGUUGAAAUAAGAAGCAUGCUUGCCAGCAAAUGGCAACAAAAAUGGUCAACACAAUCCACCUAGACCUAGCUUGCUAGAGAAGAUCAGUGAGUAUAGCUAAGAGGUGUAUUUUCCACCAGGAGACGGUGGACGAGAUCUAUCAUUAACCAUCACACGUGCAGGUAAUUAAUAUGCUAAUUGGAGUUUGACUAAGCUUCUCUUCAUAAUUGUUAGUGCAAGCGCCAUGGAAGAAGGAAUGACCUUAAAAGCUUGUAUUGCAUUGUACUGUAUUUGUAUAAGAAUAGGAAGGUGUGCAAGGGAGACAAAUAGCAUAUGCUGUCUCAUGCUGGUCCUGAUCCUGAUCCUCCCCAUGUGAAGUUGAAAACUUGCAAUCAAUUUGGAAUAUAUAUUGUCAUUAAAUUCCCUCUUUUUUUUA